AUGAUAUCUGAGGACAUAAAUGACAAUAUUACUUUAGAAAAUCAAGUAGUCGAUCAGCCUUUUGAAACACAUAUAAUUGAAGAUGUUGACAUGAAUGGUCAUUUUGUAUCAUCUUCGGAAAAUGAGGAUGUAAAUGAUAUCGAUAUAGGUCUUGAAUAUGAUGAAGAUGAAAGUAUCAUGGGAAAGGUUUUCAAUACCCCUAAAAAUGCAUAUACAUUUUAUAAUAGAUAUGCAUUUCUACAUGGAUUUGGCAUACGCACUCAUUGGGGUUAUAAGAAUAAGACAACAAAGGAUUUUUAUCGCAAGAUGUAUGUGUGCAACAAACAAGGUUUUAAAAGAUUGAAGGGUGCUAAUUCAUGUGGAAAUACAAAGCAACGUCGUAGAGCUUUACGAACCGGUUGUGAAGCGAUGCUUCGGAUUUCAAAAAGGAAAGAUGGAAAAUGGUUUGUGGAUAUUUUUAAUGAUACACAUAACCAUGAGUUGAGUAUUACACCAACAAAAGUAAUGAAACAUCGUUCACAUGCGAAGUUCCACCGCUCAAUGGCAUGCAAAUCUCUUAUGGUGGAGUUUGGUCAAUCAGGGUUGAAGCCUUCUCAAAUUAAAAAGGCUGUAAAUGCAAUAAAAUCUCCAUAUGAAGCUGAUGUUACCUCCAAGCAAUGUGUUGAUGUGCUAUCCGAGCAACGAAGAAACUACAAAGGUAAAGAGUUUUAUGGGCUCAUUAAACAUUUUCAAGAUAAAGCAUUAGUUGAUACCAACCAAUAUUUUGUCGUGGAUUUGUUUGAGGAUGGGUCUCCUAGAAAUAUUUUUUGGGCUGACGGAAGAUCAAGGGAUGCGUAUACAAAAUUUGGGGAUGUUGUCGUGUUUGAUGUUACGUACAUGACGAACAAAUUUAAGAUGCCAUUUUCUCCCUUUGUUGGGGUGAAUCAUCAUGGUCAAUCCAUACUUUUUGGUGGUGCAUUGCUAGAAAAUGAAAAAGAAGAAACUUUCAAAUGGUUAUUCGAGCAUUUCUUGAAGUGUAUGUUCGAAAAGUAUCCAUCAGCUAUAAUAACAGACCAAGAUAAAGCUAUAGGUAACGCAAUCAGCAAAGUAUUUCCAAACACUCGGCAUCGUUUUUGUGCAUGGCAUAUUAAGAAGCAUGAGCAAGUACAUCUUCGACCACUUGUAGCUCGUUAUAGUGAUUUUAAAGAUUCCUAUAAAUCAUGGAUAAAAUGUGAUACCAUAGAAGAGUUUGAAAUCAAGUGGGAAGGUAUACGUGAUAAGUAUAACCUAGAAAACAAAAGUUGGUUAACCGAAAUGUAUUACCAACGGAAACAUUGGGCUAAAGCCUUUCUGAAGGAUGUCUUCUUCGCUGGCAUGACAACAAGCGAACGGAGUGAGAGUAUUCAAUCAUUUUUUGACGGAUUUGUUAAUUCCAAAACCAUGUUGAAUGAAUUUGUUGUACAAUAUGAUAAAGCGGUUCACUCUCGAAGAGCUGCCGAAGAAGAUGAAGACUUCAAGACAAUGAACUCAAAACCAGUUCUAUUUUCUGUUCAUCCAAUAGAAGCAAAAGCGGGUGAAUGUUAUACUAGAAAGAUGUUUGAGGCUUUUAAAAAAGAAUGGAUAGAAGCUAUGGGCAAUUUAACUCAUGAAACAUUAAGCAAAAGUACAAAAAAAAUUAAGUAUAGAGUCGGGCAGUUGAAUGUUGAUAAAAUGCAUUGGAGAAUUGUUACCUUUCAUUUCUUGAAUCCAAUAAAUGUUAAGUGCUCAUGUGCUAAGUUUGAAACAUAUGGGAUACUGUGCAAGCAUAGUUUAUAUGUGAUCAAGAAGAGACAUGUUGAAACCCUUCCUGAUCACUAUAUUUUACCUAGGUGGACACUUGAUGCUAGAUUCAAGGUGGAUAGUACCAACAUUGGAUUGGAAGAAAUCAACAAUGAAAAUGGAGUUAGUGCCUUAACGGAGUGGUGUGUUCGUGCAAACUAUAAUAAAGCAAUUGAACUUGUAAGAGACUCCUCUUUUGAGAUAAGAAAGCUUAAUAAUUUCUUGGUAAAGUUUUUAGAAGACCAGCUUAGUCGGAAAAAGGCGAAAGGACAUCCAAAUACAUCUCAAGAAUCUUGUGCAGGCAUUUCUCAAGUAGACAUGGUGCCUCAAAUAUCUAUCAGGGAUCCUCUUCUUCCGACUAAUACGAAAGGGCGUCCCAAAAAUGCAAAUAGAAUCAAAUCUUCUUUGGAAAUGGUGAAGAAAAAAAGAACUUGUUCUCACUGUGGGGGAUUAGGUCAUUAUAUCAGUGGGUGCUCUAUUAAAAAGGCAGAGGAAGCUUUAAAAGACAAAGAAUUAUAUGGUAAAUAG